AUGCCUCCCGCAGGAGGUGGAAAUAUCAAGGUCGUGGUCCGAGUCCGUCCUUUCAACGGCAGAGAAAUCGACCGCGGCUCAAAAUGUAUCGUCGAAAUGAAGGACAACCAGACCGUCCUCAGCACUCCGGACGGUCAUGGUGGUAGAAGCGCAAAGACCGAAGCCCCCAAAAACUUCGCCUUCGACAGAUCCUACUGGUCCUUUGACAAGAAUGAUUCCACCUAUGCCGCCCAGUCCAACCUCUUUGACGAUCUCGGCAAACCCUUGCUGGACAAUGCCUUUCAAGGAUACAACAACUGUAUCUUUGCCUACGGCCAGACUGGUUCCGGAAAGUCCUACUCCAUGAUGGGCUAUGGAAAGGAGAUCGGCAUCAUUCCCAUGAUUUGCCAAGACAUGUUUAGCCGUAUAGACGACAUGCAGGCUGACGCCACGACAAAAUGCACAGUCGAAGUCUCCUACCUUGAAAUUUACAACGAACGCGUGCGCGACCUGCUCAACCCUUCGACGAAAGGAAACCUCAAAGUCCGAGAGCACCCCUCCACCGGCCCCUAUGUCGAAGAUCUCGCCAAGCUCGUUGUCGGCAGUUUUCAGGAGAUUGAAAACCUCAUGGACGAAGGCAACAAGGCCCGUACAGUCGCCGCCACCAACAUGAACGAGACCUCCAGUCGCUCGCACGCCGUCUUCACCCUCAUGUUGACGCAGAAAAAGUACGAUGCCGAGACGAAAAUGGAAAUGGAAAAGGUGGCCAAAAUCUCCCUCGUUGAUUUGGCUGGUUCCGAAAGAGCCACGUCCACCGGCGCUACGGGUGCGCGACUUAAAGAAGGUGCCGAGAUCAAUCGAUCGCUGUCUACACUCGGUCGUGUUAUUGCUGCGCUGGCCGACCUCUCUACUGGCGGCGCCAAGAAGAAAAAAGGCGCCUCUCAAGUCCCCUAUCGAGAUUCAGUAUUAACAUGGCUUCUCAAAGACUCGCUCGGUGGUAACAGCAUGACUGCAAUGAUUGCAGCCAUCAGCCCUGCCGAUAUCAACUACGAUGAAACACUCAGUACCCUGCGGUACGCCGACUCUGCCAAGCGCAUCAAGAACCACGCCGUUAUCAACGAAGACGCCAACGCGCGCAUGAUUAGAGAGCUCAAGGAAGAACUUGCUUUGCUGCGGAGCAAGCUUGGUGGAGGCACAGUCGGACUUGGCGGUGCUCCAAUACCUGCAGACGAAGUCUACGAUGACAACACGCCGCUUGAGAAGCAAAUGGUCAGCAUCACUGGCGCCGAUGGCGCAGUCAAAAAGGUCUCGAAAGCCGAAAUUGCCGAGCAGCUCAGCCAAAGCGAAAAGCUGCUCACAGAUCUCAAUCAAACAUGGGAGCAAAAGCUCCAAAAGACCGAGGAAAUCCACAAAGAACGAGAGGCGGCCCUGGAGGAACUUGGCAUCAGCAUCGAAAAGGGCUUUAUCGGCCUGCAUACCCCAAAGAAGAUGCCGCAUUUGGUCAACUUGUCAGAUGAUCCAUUAUUGGCGGAAUGCUUGGUGUACAACCUCAAACCAGGAACCACGACUGUCGGAAACGUUGAUACGAACGCCGAUCAUCAAGCAAGCAUCCGACUCAACGGAACCCGAAUAUUGCACGACCACUGCACAUUCGAAAAUGCCGCCGACGGCACCGUCACGGUGAUCCCUAGCGAAGGCGCUUCGGUCAUGGUCAACGGCAAGCGCAUCACAGAGGCUACUCAGCUACAUUCUGGGUACAGAGUCAUUCUCGGUGACUUUCACAUUUUCCGAUUCAACCAUCCCAUGGAAGCCAAAGCCGAAAGAGCGGAAGUCGGCAACAGCCUCCUGCGACAGUCCGUAACAGCAAGCCAAAUUCAGGCUUGGGAGAGGACAUCACCAAGUCCCACGCCUGGAUCCCGCCCCGGACAUGAGAGGGCAUUUAGCCGAGUUUCUGAUUUUGGCGACAUCUCCAGGCCCGAGUCCCCGUCUCUCCGUAAUAAUCGAGAUUCUGACUGGUCUGCGGCGCGUCGAGAAGCUGCAGGCGCCAUUCUUGGAUCCGACCAGACCAAUUUUACCAGCCUCACAGACGAAGAACUCAAUGCUUUGUUUGAAGAAGUGCAGCGAGCGCGAGCCGAACGUGUCAAUGUCCGCGAGGACGGUGACGACACGGAUUCCGUCACCUCGUAUCAACUUCGCGAAAAAUACAUGUCCACUGGCACAAUUGACAACUUCUCCCUCGACACAGCUCUGACCAUGCCUUCCACUCCCAAGCAGGGUGAAGCUGACGACAAGCUAAGAGAGGUGCGCGAGGAACUCCAAAGCCAGCUCGAAAAGCAAAAAGAGGAGUUCCAAGAUCAACUCAAGAAUGCCGAGGCCGCCAACGUCGAAGUCGAGGAGAUCAAGAAUGAAAAAGCCAAGAUGGAGGCUGCCCUCGUGGAACUCAAAGACAGCAUGGAAAAGCAGCUCAAGAUUCAAAGAAAGCAGUUCGAGGAAAAGAUUGAAAAGAUGGACCCCCUGAAGCGGCCCAAGGCAAACCCCAAGCUCUCUGAGGAGGAGAUAGAGCGAGCAAAAAAGGUCAUUGGCAUUUGGAGAGACCGACACUACGUCAAGAUGGCGGAAACGGUACUACAAAACGCUGCAAUUCUUAAAGAGGCGCAAAUCAUGAGCAACGAGCUUGAGGAAAGUGUCGUUUUCCAAUUCACUGUCGUGGAUGUCGGCCACGUCAUGUGUUCCUCUUACGACAUGGUCCUCAAUGGCCUCACGAGUGAAGGAGAGGACGCGGCGCUCGAGGAGACACCAAAGCCGUGCAUCGGUAUCAGAGUCAUUGACUAUAGGAACAACGUCGUCCGUCUCUGGAGCCUGGAGAAACUACACGAUCGCGUACGUCAAAUGCGCCAAAUGCACCAAUAUCUUGAUCAGCCUGAAUACGCCCAGCACCUGAGUCUGGAUAACCCGUUUAUCGAGCACUGUAUGCCUUCCUAUACAUUGGUAGGCGAAGUUGAUGUGCCAUUAAAAGCCGUCUUCGAAAGCCGAGUCCAGGACUUUUCCCUCGAUGUGCUAUCGCCGUACACUUCCCACGCUAUUGGAAUUGUGAAGUUGUCACUCGAACCAUCUCACGCUCGAGCUCCCACAAACACUCUCAAGUUCAAUGUUGUUAUGCACGAGUUCAUCGGCUUUGCUGAGCGCGAAGGAACCGAUGUUCAUGCACAGCUCUUUAUUCCCGGCGUUUCCGAAGAGGACGGCGUCACAACCACCCAAAUGAUUACCGACUUUGAUGAAGGACCCAUUCGAUUCGAAAGCGUACACAACAUGAGCGUCCCCCUCUUCGCGCCCCAAGAUGUCAUGCUAAGAGCAUCCAUCUACGCCAAAGUCCAACCAAUGCAUCUCGAUAAACUCCUUAGCUGGGAUGACAUGAGAGAUGCAGCUCCUUCACGCGACGCCCAGGCAAGCCGAAUCAACGAGUCACAAUUCUUUACGCAAGAAAAGCACGACAUGCUUUCGAGAAUUCAAAUUCUCGAACUCAACGAGAUGGGAGAGUAUACCCCUGUUGAAGUAACUCAAGUCAGCGAACUGGACACAGGUACAUUCCAGCUUCACCAGGGCUUACAAAGAAGAAUCGCCAUCAACAUCGCCCACAGCUCCGGCGAUGCGCUGCCUUGGGGUGACAUUUCAGCUGUGCGUGUAGGCAAAAUUCGCCUUGUCGACUCUGGCGUGUCACACCCCAUCUUCCGCCAAAACCCCAACGGCACUCGCAGUAUUACCGUCUUUGCCCAGUGGGACUCGAGUCUGCACAACUCCCUGCUGCUCGACCGUGUGACGGCUGAAAAGUACAAGGUGCAGAUGAGCAUUGGCUGGGAGAUCAGCUCCGAGAAAUUAGCUGAGCCCAUGAAGUUCUCGCAAAAGGUCUGUUUACAGGUUCUCUCACGAACGUUUGUGCGCCAAACAUCCAUGUUCUCCUCUCUCUGGCAAAAUAUGCGCUUCAUCCGCUCCUCAACUGGCAUCUUCACAAUCACCAUGCGGCCAGCGCCAAUCAAGCGAGUAGGCGAUCUUUGGAGAAUGAAUAGCCGACACGACUACGUCAAGGGCGAAGAAAACCUCGACAGCUGGAAUCCACGAGGAGUAUCGCUCGUUAGCGACUUCAUCUUGGCGCGGAAAAAGAGAAGGCGUAUUGCCGAGAUUGGUGCCGUGCACAUGGUGCUUAGUGUCCUUGGCAUCGACUUUAGCGGACAGCCGGAGAAGGAGGUGUCUGAACCGGAGCCGGAGCCCGAAAUUCAAAAGCCUGUGCUGCCCAAUGACGACGACUUGUUGCAUGACACUCCCGACACGUCGCAGGCGCCGUCUCUAGAGGAGGAAGCAGAGCUCAAAGUCACCAAUGGCGAGGGCGAGGCGGACGCCGAGGCCGAAGCUGACGGCGAAGAAACAGUCAAGAUCCAAGAUUUGGAGCCGGCAGAGAUACCGGAAUACGACGAGCAGCAAACAGAGCUAUUGGAUAAGUGCCUCUCAUUAUGGGUUAAGUAUCCGGAUCCGCUGUCCAAAAUUCUCAGCCCUGCCAACACGGCACCUCCAACCAAUGGUGUUAUGUCGGAACCCCCUGAACUGCCAAGUCUUAUCACGACUGUCGUUCGCGUGCCCAAGAACCCCAAGGUGCUCAAGGGCGGCUACCUCCUCAUACCUAACAGCGACUCUACGCGAUGGGUGAAGCGCUUCGUCGAGCUGCGACGACCCUAUCUGCACAUUCACUCUGCAUCGGAUGGCGACGAAGUGGCUCUCGUCAGUCUGCGCAACUCACGCGUCGACAGCCAGCCCGGCGUCCUGGCGCUCCUCAACGGACCCGACGACUAUGACAAUACCCCUGGCCAGAACGGCGGCGCUGACUUUACGCCUGGUCAUCGCCGGACGGCCUCGGGCCGCGUUAUCUCGACCAUCUGGACCGGUAGCGGCGGUAGUAACAACAACGCCAAUGGUGGUGGUGGUGGUCAAGGACUGCAGCGAUUGAGCGAGCGCAUGCAGGCCGGCGUCUUUGCGAUUUACGGCACGGAUAAUACGUGGCUGUUUGCGGCGCGCAGCGAGCGCGACAAGAUGGACUGGAUCUUUCGCAUCGAUCAGACGUAUAUGUCUGCCAGCGAGAGCCAACCGGGCAGCGGCUUUGCGAGCCCCCUGCCUGGAAGCGAUUACUAA